AAGUGGUGGGGAGGAAUAAAAGGAGCUUUGUAGCCAUAUUGAGCUGAUGGCUGUGCAUUUCUGAGAUGUCAGAGAGGCAUUUUAAAUUUGCACACAAGUUGACAGGCUUGAAGUAGAGAGUGGACUCUCAAAGUUGUUAUGUGAGUGGAAUUUUCCCUCUAGUAACAGUACUCGAAGAUCUGUUGCAAAGAAGGAAGAGUUGAGAGGGCAAGGAGUGAGGCUGGAAGCUCACUGAGAUUUGCAGUAAAAUUAAAAAGAUCUUUGAGGAUUGCAUUGAAUGAAUAGAAAGUCCAAGAUAAAGCCACAUGGGCUGGAUGCUGUGGAUAGAGAAGGUCACAGGGAUGGAAACAGGAAGGAAGAAAAAAAAAUACUGUGAAGUUCAAGUCAAACAAAUAACCUUUCAGCUGACUGGGCGGGUUUGAGUGCGGAUUACAAACUCCCCGUGAGUGAGGAAAUAAAUGUUCAGCAGCAGGGUUGAACAGAAUGGCAGCAAGGAAAGAGAAGUCUCCGAGUGUGAUAGGGACAUUGUGGAGAAGAAGAGAGAUUGGAGUGGUACUUACUGGAGAUCUGAUAAAAAGGAUAAAGUGGAAAGCUGGUUUCACCAAAAUGGAAAAAUUUUAAAGGCUUGAAACUUCAGUGGAGAGAUAAAAUCCGUCUCAAUAACGCCAUCUGGAGGGCAUGGUAUAUGCAGUACCUGGAGAAGCGCAAGAAUCCAGUGUGCCACUUUGUGACUCCACUGGACGGCUCUGUUGAUGUCGAUGAGCAUCGUCGGCCAGAGGCCAUUGCAACAGAAGGGAAAUACUGGAAACGAAGAAUUGAAAUAGUCGUCAGGGAAUACCACAAGUGGAGAACAUACUUCAAGAAAAGGUUGCAGAAACAUAAAGAUGAAGAUCUUUCAAGUUUGGUCAGGGAUGAGGAUGUGGUUCUCUGGCAAAAAAGAAGGUAUGGCAGAGAAACCCCUGUCCCUAUGGAGGAAGGCAGCCUCUUGGAUGCAGAUAUGCUUAUGUCUGAGUUCACCGAUACGCUGUUCUCCACACUGUCUUCACAUCAACUGGUUUCCUGGCCAAAUUCCAGGGACAUAGCACACUUAGGAAAUGCUGACAUGAUUCAACCAGGGCUUAUUCCUCUCCAGCCAAAUUUUGAUUUUAUGGAUACUUUUGAACCUUUUCAGGAUUUAUUCACACCCAGUCGUUCCAGUAAUUUCCUUUCUGUGUCUGCUGUCAGCUCAGCUACUACAGACAGCAGCAGCCACUCUUCCCAGUCUCCUGUCCUGCCGUCGGGUUCAUUGCCCAACACGCUCCCAGCAGGGAACAUCAGUGAUGAACUGAUUGCUUCCUCAGUACCUGCUCCUGUCAUUCCUGAUGUUGACACUGACCAGUGUUCCAGCAUUAGAAGUGAGGGAUCUUUCAUCCAGCCCACGGACUUCUCUCCCAACUCGCCUCUCAGUGGGCCACAAACUUUUAUGCCAGUGUUUCAGACAGCCUUGCCACUGCUUCAGCCUGCAACACAACAGCACCAGUCCUCGUUGCCUGCAGUGCCUCUGAAUUCUAGCUUAAGCUCUCCACCAGCUGCAUUUGCUGCACCAGAAACCCAGAAGUUUGGCCUCUGUGAAUCUACAGUUAUCACCCACACGGCUUCUGCUACGUUGACCCACAACGCCCCUGCCACCACCUUCAGCCAGAGCCAGAACCUUGUCCUGGCGACGCAGCAGCCCAGUGCAGGAGUGCCUUGUAACCUGACUUUCCAGACUACUGUCCUGCAGGGCCAGCCCCGGCCCCAGCUGCAGUCCCAACUGACAUUUGCACUCCCCAUAGCUGUUCCUCUGGCCAGUGCUGGGACAAGGCCCAAACAGUCACAAAAAAUAGUGCCUGCUCCGAAGCCUGAAACAGUGUCCUUAUUGUUAAAGAAUGCCUUCAUCACCCCAGCUGCCUUUCAGGGACAGUCCAGAGCUGUGAUUGUAACUCCAGCACCUUUAAAAAGAGAGGGGAUUUUGACGCCAGCCACGUCUCAGUCUAAUGUUGCAAUUGCACCAGCUGGAAUUGACAGAGCUCCCAGGGUGACGGAGUUCCGUAGUAACAUUCUGGUUGGUCCAGCACAGCGAGCACCAAGUAGUCAACAAACCCAGCCCACAGUCUCACAUCUCUUCUCUCCUAGUGUAGUCCAGGAUGUGUUGGUGAAAGGAGAGCAGAUCCCUUCCCACAGUAGCAGUUCACAAGUUCCCUCACCUACACCUAGCCGAGACUGUCAGAAUUCAGGCCAAGCUUCCCCCUGCACCUCUGAGCAGAGCCCCAGUCCACAGUCUCCCCAGAACAGCAGCUCAGGAAAACCUGCCACUGACCCUAAUAUGGCUGCACUUAAGAAUCGAAGAAUGAAGCAUAUUUCAGAACAAAAACGAAGGUCUAAUAUCAAGAUUGGUUUCAGUGCUCUGAACAGCUUGGUUUCAGGCAACUCCAAGUCGAUCAGCCAUGCAAUCACACUCCGGAAAACAGUAGAAUAUAUCGCUAAACUACAGCAGGAAAGAACACAGAUGCAAGAGGAAACCAAACGCCUUCGGGAAGAAAUCGAGGAGCUAAACGCUGCCAUCAUAUCUUGUCAACAGCAGCUCCCUGCUACUGGGGUUCCCAUAACAUGGCAAGGAUUUGACCACAUGAGGAAGAUGUUUGAUGAAUAUGUGAGAAGCAGGACCCUGGAGAACUGGAAGUUUUGGAUUUUCAGCAUUAUUAUUAAGCCAUUGUUUGAGUCCUUCAAUGGGAUGGUUUCCACAACAAGCUUGAAGGAUCUGAAUCAAACUGCUGUGGCCUGGUUGGAUCAGCACUGUUCUCUUCCUGUUCUGAGGCCAAUGGUGCUGAACACCCUCCGGCAUCUAAGUAUAACCACCUCGAUUCUGUCAGAUCCAUCACAACUGCCAGAGCAAGCCGCCGCGGCAGUUAUCAAGAUGAACAAGACAGCUGGCGAAACCUAACAACCAAAGACAAUGAGUUGUUGAUACAAGGGGUGGAGAACCUGCCAGGCCAGCAGCCUGGCCAGUCUCCUUUCAGUUGGUGCACUUUAGAAAGAAUUCUCUCCAUCACCUGAGAUGUUGUUCAGGGCAUCUGGCUCUGCCUUCAGAAUACGUGGAAGUACGACGCAACGUUGUCAUAAUGUUUUGAUUCCUCUUCAGUGCUGUGCUGUACUCCGUUCAGUGAGAAAACACCAAGCUCAGGUAAAUUUAGCAGGCUUGAGUCCUGCAGGCAGCAAUAUAUCUCCAUCAAUGCAGCAUGCAUCUAUAUGCAACAAACAUAUUUCUACGAAACAGCUUCAAGUACUAAGUUCUCUGAAGUGUAAAUCUUGUACACAAAGGAAUGUUCUCUUCAAGGGGAAAUAUCCUUUUGAUUUUGUGAAACAAAAUGUGCUUUUUAUUUUGUUCUCUGGUGUUCAGUUCCAUACGUUUUACUUGAAUAGUGAAAAUUGUUAAACGGGAUCGUAUUAAAAACCAAAGGAGAAGAAAAAAAAAAAUCCGUCAAUGAUGUCAACUUGUGGCAAAAAUACUAGAAUUAAAAUCUCAGGCUGUGUUUUGUGUAUUUUUAUUUUAAUGAGUGUAUCAUUUCAUGUGAUCAGUUUGAAGACAUGCUUUAUUUUCUAGCAAAUAAAGCAGCUGAUUUUUAGUAUUUUUCCUGAUAUAGCCAUUGCAGUUGAGUAGCGGACUGUGCAGUAGGUGCAAGAAAGCAGUUUUAGAUUGCCUGGAUUCUGCAAUUAGGGUAGAUACCUGAAUUUCAUGCCCAUUUAAUCUGUGAACUGUUUCCUUGCACUGCAGAGUUCAGCUGCCUUCCUCAUAAAAUGUGCACAUAUAAAACACAUCCAUAGAUAAAUGUAGUAGUGCUUCAGAGACAAGAAUUGAGUUUGUAAUGUUAAGAAAUUGGCUUUUUUUGUUAUCUCAGAAACUAUAGCAAACCACAUGAACUUGCAGACACUUCUUUUGCUUCUUUAUCUUUUUUUGCUUGUUCUUUUUGCCUUCUAUCUGAAAAACCUGAAGGAUUUAGCUACACUUGCUGUGUAUGGGAAGGCUGUGUUCAACAUGAAUUAUAAAACAUAUAAGAAUAUGUUUAAAACAUAUGCAGAAAAUACUGCAUGAC